ACUACGAGACACAGUUUCCCUCUAUCAGCAAACGCGUCUGUGUGGCCUGCCCGUGUUUAGAAAACACCUUUUAAUCAGUGGAGGGCUGUGAGACCCUCCUUAGGCAAAUGUUAUCUCACACUCUUUCAGCAAACAGAGCCGGGUUUAAAAUCGAGGGCUCAGACAGAUUCUCACCCCUGACUUGCACUCUCCUGGGAGCAGAGAGAAUACAGGCAUGGCCACCAUGGAGCCCAAGGUGAUCUGCGUCCUGCUCCUGGUCUUCUCGCUGGCCCUCAGCAGCCUGGCCCAGGUCCAGACCGAGACGUGCAUGAUGGCCCCGAGCCAGAGGAGCAACUGCGGGUUCUCGGGCAUCACGCCCGCCCAGUGCACGGCGAAGGGCUGCUGCUUCGACAGCACCGUCCCGGGGCACCCGUGGUGCUUCUACCCUCUGAACAUCAACAACGUCCCGGAAGAGGAGUGUGAAUUUUAG